AUGGUAUCAUAUCAUCCUUUAUCGUCCAUUCGGCAACUAUCGUUUCGCAGCCCCUAUCAAAAUAAAUUAAAUACGCAAAUCUAAACGCGAACGAAACGAAAAAAGAAAUAAAAUCAAAAAAGACACUAUCCAAUACCAAAAAAAAAUAUAAAUUAAAAAGAAAAAUAAAAGUGCGUUUUAAAAAUGUCUUAUAAAAAGAUUUACGGUUUUGUGUUUAUUGUGGCGGUUGCUGCAGCCCUACCCGCUGAAGAAACCCGUGGCCAUGCAAGGAAUGCAAUUGGCAGCGAAAACGACAUCAUGGAUAGCAUCUAUAGUGAUUGCCUGCGGAAGGAUUCAGUGUCGUGUGUUAAAUACAAAUUGUUCAAUUUCGUCGACAAGGUACUCGCAGCCCGUGACCAAUUCGCCCUAACCGAAGGUGUUACAGUCGUUAAGACACCUGGUUCGGAUACAGCCGGUGGUGCUCCACGUUCCAUUUCCGCUGAUGAAUCAUUCGAAUCGUUGGCUCUGAAUCGUAUCACCAGUUUCCUGCAAUCGCACACCAUCAAAGUCGAAUUGAAGGGUGCCGAUAUUGUAAGUGCUGUAUCAUCGACUGGCCGUGCUCUUGAAGAUGUUUCCGAGACACUCUUUGGCAACGAUGACCCCAAUGCACCAGAGGAGAGCCGUGGCAAGAAGAAGAAGGCUGCCAAGAUCUUGGGACCCAUUCUGGCGUUGGUUGCCAUCAAGGCUGCUGCCCUAUUGCCACUUCUGUUGGGAGCUAUUGCCUUGAUUGCUGGUAAGGCGUUGUUGAUUGGUAAGAUUGCUUUGGUACUCUCCGCCGUUAUUGGGCUCAAAAAAUUGCUGUCACAAGAGAAACACGUCACUUAUGAAGUUGUUGCCCAUCCACACCAUUCGGCUAGUCAUUCAGUGAGCCAUGAUGCCUACGGCAGUGGUUACAGUGCUGACGCUGGCAGUUCCGGCAGCUAUGGCAGUUCAGGUCAUGGAGGCUGGGGCCGAUCACUUGACGCCCAAGACUUGGCUUACAAAUCACAGAAGCCAGCUUCUGUUCAAUAGGACUCACAAAACAGCCAGCCUAUAUAAUAUAACAAAUUAGCACCCUACAUACACAACGUCGUCACAAAGUCAAAUGGUGUCCUAAAUGAAAUCGAAUCAAAACAAAAAUGAAUCAGUUUAAAUGAUUUUCCUAUGUCAAAGUCGUUAAACUUUCAUGAUUUCAUAUCAAAACACAAACAAAAAAAUAAGGGUAGUGAAUAACGGUUUAGUAGAUUUUUACAUCCCCAAGCAAACACAAAGCAAAAACACGAAAAAAAAACAAUUAUUAAGUUAAUUUAAUUUAUUUUUUAUUUAAUUUAAACAAAACAAAAAUGGUACGAUAGAGACAUACACAUUAUUUAUAAAACUGUUUAUUUAUUAUAACAUUUAUUUAUUUAAUGAAUAUUUUUAUUAAUUUAUAAACUAUGUAAAAACAUACAAAAUAUUGAGAGAAAAUCGGUACCUUUGAAAAAGUAAAAUACUCAUAUUUAGGGCAUUUGUUUUUGAACAACCAAAAAUAAAAGGGUAAUUUUGUUUUACCCUUAUCAAGACAUUUGCAUCUUCUUUAACAGUUUUAAAAAAAGUUCAUUUUUUUAUCUUAUUCUAAGCUAUUCUAUAAUUAUUUCUCUCUCUUCUUUACUGUCAUCUUCAUUGCAUGCUCACUUUACUGUUAUUUUUUAAACUAUAUUUGUUUUAUUUCAUCGCUUUCCUGAACUACCAAAAAUUCUCUUCUAAGUCUUAUUUUAUGUCUCUUAAUUUCCUAGAUUUAUAUUUUAUUUCUUGUAAGGAAGACCACAAUCUCUUUGCGCACUUAAUCUUUAUAAUCAUUAUCUAUAUUGUUUUUCAUAACUUUUACUAUCAUUUUCUCAUGAUCUAUCUUCAAAUUCUAGUCUUAUUGAUUAUGAACUUUCUCUUUUUCUUAUCACUUCUUACUAAAUUCAUUCCUUUUUUUUCUAUCAUUUUCUUAAACUGUCAUAUUUUUCGUUCUAUUUUCAUCUAUUUUCUUCUCCGAAAACACCAACAAAAUAAUAGAAUCACAGUUUUGGUCAGAAAUGAGCCAUAACUUGCCAUAGUUAACAAAAAUCAUCUAACUAUCUCUUUUUCACUCACGUCUAUUUUCUCCUUCAUUCUAGUCUUUUUCUCUUCAUCUUUUUUCAUUUUCAUCUCUUCUAAAAAUUCUCUCUUAGCUAAUGACUGAAUUAAU